AUGUUCGAUCUCAUCAGUUUCGACCAGCUAACGGCAGCAUGGGGUCCCCAGAUCUCAAUCAUCCUACGGUUUUGUUCCGCAUUCGCUCUACUGCACUUCAUCGUGCUCCGGCCUCUCUACAAUUUCUUUCUUCAUCCCCUUCGAGAAUAUCCUGGGCCUAGGCUGUGGGCUGCGUCGGUACUACCAUGGGCCUGCAUGUUCCUGUCAGGUCAAUCUCACCGUCGGUUGCGCGAGCUUCACGACAGGUACGGCAGAACAGUGCGCCUAGGUCCCAACGAGCUUUCGUUCACUGUUCCUGAGGCUUGGAAUGAUAUCAUGGGCCGUUCGAAACCCGGAAUCCGCCAGGAAAACCCAAAAGCGCCAUGGUAUCUCAGUCCAUCGAGCAAGGACAUCAUUGGAGCGCUACAUGACGACCAUACCCGUAUGCGCAGACUGAUGGCUGGUGGGUUCUCCACUGCCGCCAUGCAGCAGCAGCAGCAAAUCAUCAAAAGUUAUGUUGAUCUCUUGAUCGGAAGAUUGCACAUAAGUGCUGCUCAAGACGACCUCAUCGACAUUCAUGCUUGGUACAAUUACUGUACGUUUGACAUUAUUGGAGAUCUCACAUUUGGAGAAAGCUUCGGAUGCCUCGACGAGGCCGCUAUGCACCCGUGGAUCUCUUUGAUCUUCGCGAAUAUUCGACUCACUGCGUUUAUCCUGGUUUUCAAACGGAUCCCAGUUCUGCUGGCACUGCUACCGUUCUUCGUGUCAUACAAGCUCGUGAAGCAGUUUCGAGAACAUCAACAGAUAUCGAGAGAAAAGGUGGCGAAGCGACUAGAAUUCAAAGACAGUCGAGCGGACUUUGUGCAGGACAUGAUUACUGGCAAAGCUGGUCAGGUAGAAUGCCUUCGUGGCAUGCAGACCAUGUCCCGUGACGAGCUUGUCAAUAACUCAGUCAUCUUGACCCUCGCAGGCUCAGAAACCACUGCGACGUCUCUGGCAGGAGCGACAUAUCUCAUCAUGAAGGACCGGAGGGUUGAAAGGAGAAUAUUGGAAGAGUUGCGCAGUCGCUUCAGCGAAGCAGAGGACAUGGAUCUCAUGAAUGUGGCAACGCUUCCUUAUCUCGGCGCCGUCACAGAAGAGUGCUUGCGCCUAUACCCUCCUGGCCCAAACGCUCAGCCUCGCAUCACGCCGCCCAAGGGGAAUACCAUCCUUGGAAAAUACAUCCCAGGCAAUACAAUUCUUGGCAUCCCACACCGUGCAAUGUACUUGAGCGAAUCCAACUUCACCCGCCCAACUGAAUUUAUUCCGGAACGAUGGCUAGACCCGACCAGGAGCGAAGAGUUCGCCGGCGAUCGUCGAGAAUGCUUCCAUCCGUUCUCUUACGGACCGCGGAACUGCAUAGGCAUGAAUCUGGCGUAUGCCGAGCUGCGACUCAUCCUUGCUCGUGUCAUUUGGGACUUUGAAAUGGAGAUAUCGGCUUCGAGUGAGGGUUGGAUGGAGAAUCAAGAUUCUUAUCUUCUAUGGCAAAAGCAGCCUCUGUGGGUUCGUCUAGUCCCGCGCAAAGGAGAUUCUGAAAGUGUCCGGGAAUCCGCUCCAUACAGCUCAAGAGACAGACUCUGA